GCUGGAAAUGGCUUGCUGGAAGAGCGCUAUGAGAGCAACUCAGCACCCCAGUUUGCAUAUUCAUCGCCGGUCAUCCAACAAGGAUGUGUGUUGAUGGCGCGGCCUGGCGACACGUUCGUUGACCACCAGCACUACUUCCACAAGUCUGCGAUUCUCAUCCUCAAGCAUGACGACGAAUUUGAUCGCGGCAUCAUCAUAAACCGCCCUUCAGGCUUCAACACCCGACAGCUUGGUGUUCCGGGCCCUGCCUGGAACAUAUGGUUCGGGGGAGAUUGCGAGGGGCUACGAGCACCUCAUUACACUGGAGUGAGAACCUUCUGCCUACACGUGUCGGAAGAGUUCGCGGACAUGUCCAAGGAGGUGGAGAGGGGCGUGUACUUGAUCCGCUUCGAUGCAGCUCAGGAUCUCGUUAGUCAGGGGCGCGCGACACCAGAUGAUUUCAUGCUGUUCUUCGGCUACUGCGGGUGGGGGCGCAACCAGCUCCAGCGAGAGCUCGAUGCCGGAGUGUGGAAGAUGGCCAGCAUCGAUAGCCGCAUCGUUGUGAAAGAGCUUCGCGAAGAGUCAAAGGACCUGAGAGCAAUGCCCGAGAUCGGUCUAGAUGACGGUAUUGGAUUGUGGCGACACUUGUAUUCUCGCGUUGAUGCAGGAAUGCCACAGAAGGAUCCUCGCGAGAUGACGAUGAUGGGUAUUGACGCAGUGGAGGGCGAUGCGUUUGCUGACGCCAUGCUUCGCCAAUGGCUGAUUCAAAAUUUGACCCCGCCGUGA